AUGAAUAUCUUUCGCCUUGCCGCGGAUAUGUCGCACUUGGUUGCGAUCUUCCUCCUCUUGAAGAAGAUGUGGACGUCGCGUUCGGUGUCCGGCAUUUCUGCUAAGUCGCAAUUGCUCUUUGCGGUCGUGUUCGUCACUCGCUAUUUGGACUUGUUCACGACGUUCGUCUCUCCCUACAACACUGUGAUGAAGGUCUUCUUCAUUGCUUCGUCGAUUGGUACCCUGUACCUCAUCUACGGAAAGUUCCGUCCGACCUAUGAGCGUGCUUCGGACAACUUCAAGGAGGCUUACCUGAUCAUUCCAUGCGCCGCUCUGGCUCUGCUCAUCAACGCCGACUUCACAUUCAUGGAAGUUAUGUGGACCUUCAGCAUCUACCUCGAGGCGGUUGCCAUCAUGCCGCAGCUCUUUAUGCUAUCGACCACCCGCCAGGCCGAGACCAUCACGGCCCAUUAUCUGUUCUUCCUCGGGCUGUACAGGGGCCUCUAUCUCCUCAACUGGAUCUACCGCUACUACACGGAGGACUUCUUUGAUCCGAUCGUCACCGUGGCCGGCAUCGUUCAGACGGUCCUCUACGCGGAUUUCUUCUACCUCUACGUGACCCGCGUUGUUCGCACCCAGAAGAACCUCGAGCUCCCCAUC